UAGAUUUCUUCUUCAGAGUUUUUAAUGCAUCAGUCAAGCAAUAAUUGAAUCUAAACUUUGAAGUAUAUAUGGCCUAUAUAUAUAACACGCUGCUGUAGCGUCUAUGUACUAUCAUAUUGAUUAUCUUAAUCCUGAUUUAGAGGUUGAUAUGGUUUCAUUGCUUGCUUUUUUAUCAUCUGAACUGACCUCAGUCAAAUGUUGAUCCUGCAACAGGUGUCUCAAUUACUUGCUGUGAUAUAUGUUGUUUCUGAAUCGAGAGAGCAACUUUCUCUGCCAUAUAUUAGCAAAAGUUUGGGUGAAAAUGCUUGGGCUUCGUAUUUCCACCAAGCGUCCAUUGGAACUCAUGAUACUCACUCAUCUCGUCUAACUGGAAGAUGCAUGAUGAAAUUCAUCCGCCAAUACUUCCCAAGUAUAAAAUUUUAAGAGAUUGGUCGUGUCCAUGGGGUUCGACAGCCUUAGAUGAAGUACCUCCAGCAUUAAAAAAUAUUUUAAAAGAGGAUUAUUCGCGAGAAUUGGAAGAAAAUACAUCUGAACAGCAGCAGCUGUGGUGGAACCAUAGGAAAACGCUUAAUCAACGUCUUCGUCAAUUGCUAAGGGGCAUUGAAGAAUCGUGGUUUGGAUCAUGGAAAUGCUUGCUUCUUGGAGAAUUGUUAAAUUGCAAGAAUUUUGAGUCUCUGCUUGAGCAUCUUGUGAAGGAGUUAAGAUCUGAAUGUAAAUUGGAAGUUAACGAGGGCCUCGUCAGAGUUAUUCUUGGAGGAACCAGACAUGUUUGUGGACGAGAAAAGCUAAAGUGCAAGAAAGACUGCUAUAUUGCUAAAGUAGGCCAUUGUGAUCAAGGAAUGAGUGGGAUAUUAUUAAAUGCCGCCGAUGGUUUUGGGGUGUCAUCUGAUAAAGCUUUUCAACUGUUGAAGCAAGCAUUGAUUGAGCUGGACGCAGAUAAGAAUAGUAAAAGAGAGCCAAUUAUUCUUGUGUUAGAUUAUGAGCUGCAGAUGCUUCCGUGGGAAAACAUUCCCAUACUUAGACAACUUGAAGUAUACCGGAUGCCUUCUGUCAGCAGCAUCUCUGCCUUGGGUGAUACAGGAAGCAGAUCCCAAAAGGAAGCUGGAAGAAAAUGUCCCUCAUUUCCCUCAAUAGAUCCUCUGCACGCCUUCUAUAUACUAAAUCCAGAUGGAACCGUCCCUGAAUGUCAAAAUGAAUUUGAGAUUUGGUUUAAAGAGAACAAUUUGAAGGGGAACACAGGUUUGGCACCAACCCAAAAAUUAUGGGCUUCUGCAUUGGAGAAGCACGACCUUUUUAUAUACAUCGGGCAUGGAAGUGAUACACUUUUGAUAAAAUAUCACUAAAUUUAAAUAUAACUAUCAAUCUCUUCUUAUUACUGAUGACGGUUGUGUUUUCACUUUUUCACAGGAACAAAGUACUUUAGCUUGGAAAAUUUUCAGCAUCUAAAUAAAUGUGGUGCUGUGGUGUUGUUAGGGUGCAACAGCGGUACCGUUUACUUGCAGGGUAACUGUGCACCGCUAUGUAUUCCCCUGCAAUAUCUUGCAGCCGGUUCUCCGGCUAUUGUUGCUAAUUUGUGGAAAAUAUCAGCAAAAGAUAUCAGUACAUUUGGUAAAUACUUGCUCGAGGCGUGGGUCAAGAAAAGAUUUGAACUUGAAAAAGAAUGCCCUAACAACAACUGUGAUCACCCACCAACACUUGGAGCUUUCAUAGGUCGUGCACGGGAUGCUUGCGAACAAGAAUUUAUGACAGGUGCAGCACCUGUAUGCUACGGUGUUCCUACUCGGAUUUGUGUGAAGAAGAGAGUUUCGUCCAUGGCCACUUGAUACUCGUUGACUUAAUCAUCAAAUCUUAGUGAGUGGUAAGGGUCUUGGGUAUUAUUUUGCUCGGGUGGUUGGAUUUUUGGAGAUAUGUGUAUGUUCUUUUUUGGUAUUAUAACGCGCCAUCAAGCCCAAAAGAAAACAGAAAGACUAGAAAUUAAGA